CGCGUGACCACCACGACGACGCGGAGAGCCGAGCGCAGCCGAGGAGGAGCCGAGUCCCUGUCCGUCACUUGUGCUGCCGCUGCUCCGCUGUUUGUUUCCAAGCACCUCCGGACAUGAUUACGGAAUGAAACCUGCGGCUCUGCAGUGACGGUGACGGUAGCGUGAGCUAAAAUCAGGCCACAGGAGGGAGAGACAUAGAGAGAAGAGAGAGAGAGAGAGAAAAGGAGGAGGCUGUCGGUGCUGGACUCCCCCGACCCACCAGCACUAGGAUCCGUGAGGCUGGACCGGAGACGAAACCCGGGCCGCCGACCAAACCGCCUGACCUGUAAUGACCUCCUCCAGCGACGUCGACACGCGAGGCGAAGGGUCUUUGUUUUCUGACCACCACCCAUCAGAGAUGGACGCUCUGUGUCCCUCUCCCCCGGGACCGUCCAGACCCCAGCGUACUUACGAGCGGUUUGGAGGACGGACGGGAACUUCUUUUUGUCAGACUCUGAUUCACCUCCUGAAGGGAAACAUCGGCACGGGGCUGCUGGGUCUGCCUCUGGCCGUCAAAAAUGCAGGUCUGGUGCUGGGGCCGAUCAGUCUGCUGUGUAUGGGUGUGAUUGCAGUUCACUGUAUGAGGCUGCUGGUCUUAUGUUCCCACCACCUCAGUGCAAAGGUGAACGUGCCGUCUCUGACCUAUGGCGAGGCGGUGCAGCACGGGAUGGAAAACGUUCCGUGGCUGAGGAGACACUCGCAGUGGGGAAAACGCACGGUGAACUUGUUUCUCAUCAUCACUCAGCUCGGCUUCUGCUGCGUCUACUUCGUCUUCCUCAGUGACAAUGUCAAGCAGGUGGUCGAGGCGGCCAACGCCACCACGUUCAACUGCCACGUGAACUACACCAACCAGACGCAGGUCCUGGUGCCGAGCUUCGACUCCCGCCUCUACAUGCUGUGCUUCCUGCCCGCCGUCGUCCUGCUGGUCUUCACCCCCAACCUGAAGUACCUGGCUCCCCUGUCCCUGGUGGCCAACCUGGUCAUGACCAUCAGCCUGGUCCUCAUCUACUUCUACUCCCUCAUGAACAUCACGUAUCCCAUCGACCUUCCUAAAGUGGGCAGGGCUAAGGACUACCCUCUCUUCUUCGGGACGGCCAUCUUUGCCUUUGAAGGGAUCGGCGUGGUUCUUCCCCUGGAGAACAAGAUGCAGCGGCCUCAGAGUUUCCCUCUGGUUCUGUACGUGGGGAUGGGCAUCGUCACCUUCCUCUACAUCAGCCUCGGCACCAUUGGAUACAUGUGCUUUGGAGAGAGCAUCGGAGGCAGCAUCACGCUCAACCUGCCAAACUGCUGGACUUAUCAGGCGGUGAAGCUUCUGUACUCCUUCGGCAUCCUCAUCUCCUUUGCCCUGCAGUUCUACGUUCCUGCUGAGAUCCUCAUACCUCCGGUCCUGGCCCGCGUCUCAGAGAGAUGGGAGAUGGCCGUCAACCUCCUGCUCCGCACCGCCCUGGUCAUCUUCACGUGUGGCCUCGCCAUCCUGAUACCGGAGCUGGACCUCGUCAUCUCGUUGGUGGGCUCGGUCAGCAGCAGUUUCCUGGCGCUGAUCUUCCCGCCGCUCCUCGAGCUCGUCGCCUUCCACGCAGAGGGCCUGUCGCCGCUGGUGACCAUCAAGAACGUGGUCAUCAGCGUGGUGGGGCUGGUCGGCUUCCUCACAGGGACGUACAUCGCCAUCGUGGAGAUCAUCGCCCGCAACGCGCUCAAACACGGGGACGCGUCCUCGUCGUACCUGGUGCAGUGAUGGCGACGCAGAGACUCUUUGGCAGGUGGGACUGACUCACCCGGGGACACUUACGAACAAUUCUAGGACACAUUAUAAUGUUUUAG